AUGUCAAAAAUUCUUUUAACUUUGUUUGCUCUAGCUCUAAUUUUAGGCCAAACAAAUGGAGUUAUUCAAUGUGGGACUGAUGUUCUACCAAAAGUAAAACCUUGUGGAGGUUUUGUACUAGGUCAAGAUGCAAAACCUAGUCAAGAUUGUUGUGUUGGUUUGCAAGAUUUGGCUAAAAUAGCCACUGCCUCACAAUCAGACCGCAAAGAUAUUUGCAUUUGCUUCAAAGCUCUAAUGAAAGCUGGCCAAGUGAACUUUAAAAAAGCUAAACAACUUCCUAAUCUUUGCAACUUCACUACCUUUAUGCCAAUUACACCUAAUCCUGAUUGCUCCAAGUAA